GCAACCGUGUCAAAUAAAGAAGAAGAGUGUUUUUCACAACGAGACGAGACGCAGUUCGCUUCAUGCAAAGCUGGCUAUUUUGAAGUGAAAUUAUCGUCUAAAAAUAGUUGAAAAGUUUGAAUUUUCGUCGUUUUAUCGUGUUUCGCGGUGCAAUGAGCGACGAUUACGGAAUGGAUUCCAGCGGCGGUGAGUUUACGCUGGAUGCGUUGAAAAACCUGGAGCCGAUGGUGAACCCAGUGCGACAGUAUCGCAACCGCAAACAGCACCAGCAGCAGCAAAAGCAGUGCGGAGGAGAGAACUGGAGAAACGAGAAGGAACAAGAAGAUCAUAACAAAAUGACGAGCGUCGCAGGAGCAGGAGCUGGCGGAGAUACAAAACUGGCAGAUGUCCUGAGCAAGAUCACCAGUGUGAGCAAGACCGCCGACAAGGUCGAUCGAACCAAGCUGAUCCGGACGUACAACGUGAAGCUUCGGCUGAAGAAACCCUGUUUGUACAAGUGCUUCGACUGUGAUGUUUGCUUCACCAAUGCAGACUUUUUGGAGUUGCACGAGAAGACCCACGGAGGAGGCGGUGGGGGUUCGGGGGAUACGUCCGGUGGUGGCGGUGGAUCGUCGGCACGGAACGAAAUCGAUUUGCAGCAGGAGCAAUCGUUCGACGAGUCGGAAAUGAUCGUUAAACAGAACGCUUGGUUCGUGGGGGACUGGGAGGAAAGCGGUGAGGAUCAAAAUGGCGACGAGGACGACGGCGACGUGAUGAUUCAGUUGGAUUGCACCGUUGAGGAACGGGAGGACAACUUCGAUAUCACCUUCGAUCGGACCAAAUGCGAGAAAACCUACACCGUGGUCAAGUACAAGGUCAAAAAGGACCCGGUGGGAAAGUGUGAGUUGUGCGAACGGUUGUUUUACACGGCGGAAACGCUCCAGCUGCACCGGAUGGAACACGAACGGUUCCUGGACUUUGAUGCUGCUGAGCCGCAGAUUAAUAUCGACUCGCCGAGCAUCGAGGAAAGUACGCUGGUGCUGGACGAGAGUUUCUAUCAGGCGGAAACGGAGGACAGUGACAUACUGGAAACGAGCGACAGUGCCCUGGUGGACGCCGGCCGGCUGGAUGCCGUUGUCCGGCAAGGUGGCCUGCGGAACGGCGAGUGGAAACCGGUCCCUCGCCGGGGCUCCCCGCCCUAUCGGAUUCCCCCGAGGGAGGAAGUCGUCACCCUGCAGGAGGGUCGGUUCCAGUGCGAACAGUGCGCGCGGCGCUUUCGGUUUCGCCCGGCGUACAACGUGCACCUGCGAACCCACAGCAACAGCCGGCCGUUCCAGUGCGGCGAGUGCCACCGGAGGUUCAUCUCGAGGGCGAAGCUGUUUCUGCACUCGUACGGCCAUGGCCGUGGUCGGCGGAGGGACGCGUUGCGCUGCGACAGCUGUGGCGUUAGUUUCGAUCGGCCGCGACAGCUGCUGGAACAUCUACGGCGGGGACACGGGGAGGCAGCUGGGGAGCCGCCCAGUGGUUCCGGCUAGUGGAUCGGCGGAGCGAGCGGUGAGUCGCUUUUGUUUUGCUUAAGUAGUUAUUAGUUUAGGUGGAAUAUCUGAUAUGUGUCAGGGAGUGUAAGCUCUUCAAAAGAGCUGAGGAUAUCUGUUUUAGUAGAGGAAUUUAGGAAAUUCUAAGAAAGGGUGCAUUAAUUAGUCAGGCAGAUAUAGAAAAUGCCUCCGCACCAUUAGUUUUGUAUGAAAUUGAACGAUAUUUGUUGAUUGCAAUUCCGGGCAGGAAAAAACAUAUAACAUAACUAACUAAUUUCUGGAUCAAUUACUGUGACAGCUGAAUUUGAUUAAGCUAACUUCCAUUGCGUAAAAAAAUCGUGAUCGUACAACUUUGUGUGAAACAUACUGUUUGUUAUUAAUGAUUAUCAACAAACUGUUAUCCAUGGAAGCAUACAAAUUAGUAAUUAGUAUAUUCGCUUCUCCAUUAGAAGAAUUUAAGCAAUUCCCCAUUUGAUAGGUAUUUCCUAGAACUUCAUGUUUUUUAUGUUUCUUGCUAUCUUAUCGUUCAAAUAUUUCUGAGGUUAUUAUCAUUAUUAUAACAAAAUUGGGACACAAUAUUUAUAACUGCAGAAUAAUUGAAUUAGGUAAUCAUUAUCGAAUAGCUUUUUUUUAAAUCGUGAUAAUUAUAAAUGUUGUCCUUGCGAAUGAUGAAA